AUGUACCCUCGGGCUCGGGCUAAGGGCGGCACGCAAGGCGCCGGACACGGAGACAGCGACGCGGUGCUAGCUGCCGCUCUGCCUAUGGCAACACCGUUAACCUGUGAUGCUGCCUCAUCGUCCACCACAACGGUCGGUCAUAGUGAGCCUAUGCACUCUUUAUCAGGCAGCGUCGCCAGUCACCACGCCUCCACGGGGAACGCAAACCGAUGCAGCACGCAUGCAUCCCAGCAGCAGCAGCAGUCGCCCCCACCCCCUGUGCCACACAUGCACCCCGGCAUUUAUUGUGAGGCAAUGCAGGAUGCAAGUGCCUUGUCGCCCACACCGCCGCCGCCGCCGCCGCCACACUUCUACACUGGCAACAUGCAUCACCACAGUGGCAGCUUGGGUGGGAGCACGCAUCACUCCACGACGUCGUCCUCAUACGAUCCACAAAAGCAGCUGCUGCCGCGACCGUCGUCGGUUCACAUGAACGGCUAUCAGGGAGACUGGAUAGCGGGCGCCAGUAGUAGUCCGACGAUGAGUGGCACUGUACAACGUGGCUCUCCUGCCGGCAUGGCUACCUCCAGCGCGACGGCGCAGGCGUCCUUCUCGCCACACAGCCGCACAAACAGCAGCGCUGUAGGGACACCAAUCACCGGCGCCGCUGCGACCAGCAGCAGCAUGCCCGUUCCCCCGAUGAGUUUCGCGGCCUCUGGCAGCGCAGAUUACCGACGACCGGCGGCCUAUGGCGAAGUGAACCUCGGCAGCAGUAUUGGUGCCGGUGCGUCUGUGGCAAACAGCAGCAGCCUCACGUCGCUUACUCGCACGAACGCCUCCUUGAGUGGCAGUCUCGUCAAGACAGUCAACGCGACACGCAGGUCGUCGUGCAUGGCUGCCUCGAUGCCAGAAGCCUCAGUUGGAAUCUGUACGGCCGUCGGCGUGGCCAUGACCGGCUCGAGCUGCCCGGCUGCGGCGCCUGUGCGUGCCGGUGCUCCCGGGGUGACAAGCCUGAAGAUCACGAUGGGCGGGAGCACGUCAGUGGUCGCCGCCUCGGCACCUCUCUCACCGCUCGUGAACUCCCCCCUGCUCGCUCAGCAGCAGCCGCGCUCGGCCGAGCGAUCUACACGCUCGCUCCAUGCAACCUCGGAUGCCCAUAAGGGCGGGGUGGACAGUAUCGAUGUUGAGUCCGAUGAGGAUCGGAUCAGCUCGCCUGGCACAGGACCGACGAAGCCAACCGUCGCGCAGGCGGAAGCGCGGUAUCGGUAUCUCUACGAUGAGUUCCGCAAAGUAAGCCGCUCGCGCGCGAAGCUGCUCGAGGAGAGCGAACGCAUGAAGCGCAAACAGACAGCGCUGCAAGAGGCGCUCGACUUCUACCGCCGCAAGAUCGUCUCAGCCGCUGAGGAGCGGGAAGCGCUCUUGGCUGACUACCGAGAGGACGUGCACGAUGCGUUGCGCCUCAUUCAGGAGCUGGCGGCGGAUGUUGCCGCUGCGCACAACAACGGUGACGGUGAGUCACAUACGGCUUUAGCGAGCAACGGCGGCGAACAUGAUAUUCCCGUGACGUCUGCGCAGCAGGCGCUCGACGCAGCCAUUUCUCGCAUAUCGGCCAGCAACGCCCCCAUCGCCUCAGCAGCUCCCCCUGCUGUCCCUCCCUCAGGAAUUCCGGUGCCGCUGGCCCCGCCACAGGGGGCGGCGGGCUUCUCUGGAUCGCUGCUGCAGUCCAUCGGAAAGCAACUCGGCCUGCGGUACGGGAGGUGGAUGAUGAUGCGAGCUGCGGCGCCCUGCUUACCCAUGAUGGACGAAGAGCCCAGCUACCCGGACCCUAGUGAGCGACAUCGUAGCAGCACAGGACCGCGGUAUCAGCAGGGUGUCCUGUUGCGCGACGAGAUAUGCGAUGUCUACUGCAACACCCACGCAGCAAUAAGCGCAUACAUGACCAGUCUUGACUACGGCUUUGCACCCACGUCCAGCCAGGGCAGCUACCCGCCUGCCGGCUGGCAGGGGCAGCGCCAUCAGCAGCAGCAGUUCAGUAGCGAGUAUCGCGGUCUCCACUUUCACGUGGACAUCCCACGUUUCCAUGCCCACACGGUGUCCGGUGUGUCGGACCUGGCAAACACCGGCGGAGAUGGCACUGGAGGACAGAACACGCCGGUGCACAGUGCAUCCUCGCAACCGCCACCACUGCCACAGCCGCCGUCGCCUUACCUCGCACCACAGAACCCCCGCAUGGCUCCCGCUCUCACGUAA